AUGACUUCAGUCAUAACGAAUAUUGAAUCACCUUCACAUCUUAUUUCUUGUGAAAUAAAUAUUAAUGAAAAUCCAAAAGUUUCAAGGAUUACAUUAGGGGGACAAAUAAGUUAUUUGGAUAAAGAUUUCAUAUUAGUUAUAAAAAAUUUAGGUCUUGAUCCAAGAGCUUUUAUUGAAUAUGAUCCAGAUAAAGACACACUAUCAGGAUCAAUGGAUGGUUCGCUAAUACAAAAAGUAUCAUCAGCACUUGAAUUAUUUAUACAAUCUCUUUCAGAAGAUUGUUAUUUCAAUAUCGUUUCAUUUGCAUUUUUGCUUGCUCGUAAUAUGAUAGCAAAUUAUGGUAGAACAGAAAUUUAUCAAGUAUUAAAAUGGAUUUUUGAUAAUAAAAGAACAAAUUUACCAACUGCAGUUUUUCUUAUUAUGGAUGGAAAUGUUUGGAAUGUAGAAGAAAUAUCAAGGUUAAUUAGAAACAAUGUUAAAAAAUAUGAAGUUAAAUUACGUUUAUUUGCUUUGAGAGUUAAUAAUAAUGUUUCUUCAAAUUUGAUAGGGACAGUAGCUUGUAAUAAUAAAGGUUAUGUUCAAUUUGUUACUGAUAUGAAAAGGAUGGAUAAAUAA